UCGAAAAUUACCGCUAGAGCGAAAGGUUUGAUCUGAUUGGUCAAUUAUCCAGUGUUAUGAUUGGUCGAGUAGCUCAGCAAGCGUACAAAAUGGCCGGAAAAUUUGCAAGAAGUUCUUCUACACAUGCUGGAAAAGUUGCUAUAGUCACAGCUUCGACUGAUGGGUAAUGAUUGACUGUUUAUUUAACAUAUGAAAAACAAUUCCUACAUUCUUUGAAUUUCAUGAAAACGGGCAAAUAAAAAUUGACAAUUGUACGAUACGGUAUAUAUACAUUUUAUGUAGUACUCUAGCUAGACCUAGUAAUCGGUUGCCAAAUAAGUUGAACUGAAAAAAAUGUAGUUUAAUUUUCAUGCUCCUGUAAAGACUGUAAAGCAUCUUGGGUUGGUGGAUUUGGAUUGAUAGGUUUAAGAAGUUUAAAAGGCUGAACCCAAACUUACCAACCUAGGCAGCGGAGCCUUCAUGCCUAUUCUCGGUUCUACCAUGAUUGCCAAUCUGCCAAACAUUCUGUAUAACCAUCAACCAACUUUAACCAUCCUGUAACUAUCAAGCAACCACAACCAAGCAAUGUUAAUUGUUAAGGGAGAUCACUAUAUGGCCUAUAUGUAGCAGUUUUCAAAGUGCACUUUACAUUAGAAAAAUAUUGCCAGACCCUUGCCAUUAUUUAACCUUAGGAUUGGUUAUGAAAUUGCUCGUCGUUUGGGCCAUGAUGGUGCCAAGGUGGUCAUCAGUAGUCGGAAACAGCACAAUGUUGACGAAACCUGCAGAAAACUUCAAAGUGAAGGUCUUGACGUGCUCGGCAUGGUUUGUCAUGUUGGCAAAAAUGAUGACCGCAAAAAUCUAGUGAACAAGGUUAUUAUUAACUUUUAAUUAUAAAGUACCAAAUGAAUGUAUGAAACAGGGCCCGCGGAGCGUAUUAGAGAGUGGGGGGGCUAAAUCAUCAAUAAAACCCCCAAUUAAUUAAUUUAGAAAGUUUCAUUUAGAUUUCUAUUUUAAUAAUUUUGGCUGUCAAAAAAAGUGGGGGGGCUAAAGCCCCCCCAGCCCCCCCGUCUCCGCGGUCCCUGUGAAACUGAAUUAAUGUAUAUUUAACUAUUUUCCUUUAUUUUACAACGUUUUGGAAACUAAUUUAUAUAUUCUAUGUUCAGACUUUGGAAAAGUAUGGUAAAAUUGAUAUUUUGGUGUCAAAUGCUGCAACCAAUCCAAUAUAUGGUGACACUUUGUCGGUAAGGGUAAAUUAUGGAACAUUUGUUCCAAUAAUUAUUAAUUAGUGCCCCUGAAAAGUAGUUUAUCUUCAAUUUUAUUCUUGAUUAUUUUCUUUAUCAUUCUGUAGGCAUCAGAAAAGGCAUGGGAUAAAGUGAGCAAAUUAGUUUAUGAAAUUUCUGCAUUUACUCUUUCAUUUUUCUCAUCAUUCCCAUUAAUUAAGCUGCAUUGCACCUCAAUGCACCCUGCUUUCCUAUUUUACACUGUCUAUAAUGCUGACCCAUCACAUAUUACCAAUUUCACUCUGUUCUAAAAAUUUAUAUCUUCGACCUCACUCACUAUAUUCACAUAAUACUGUGUUUAGAUUUUUGACACCAAUGUUAAGGCUACAUUCCUAUUAAUAAAAGAAGUUGUGCCUCAUAUGAAAGAGCAAAAGUAUGGAAAGACACAUGUUGUAUUGUGAAAUUAUUUCAUUCACUCAUAUUGUCAAAAAUCUUUAUAUUAUUUGUAUUGUUUUAAGGAUCAAAGGAGCAAUUACUGUGGUGGCCUCUAUCGCUGGAUUGAAUCCAUUCCCGGUAAUAUAUAUAAACAGUCUUGUUAAAAAUUACCUAAAGCGAUUUUAUUGCACUAUUCACCUCCUCUGAUUCACGUCCGGACCAAAACAAAAUGCAUGUCUUUAAUUAUUAUUCAAUGAACAUCACUGCUAUCAACACUGCAUGUAUCUGCACGGACUAAAAUAUUACAACACUUACAUAAUACCUAAGCCUGAUUCUGAUCAGUUCUGCUGUAUUCAUUCUAUAGGCCCUAGGAGUGUACUCUAUAAGCAAGACUGCCCUUUUGGCUUUAACAAAAGUCCUGGCAAAUGAAUUAGGAUCAGACGGCAUUCGAGUGAACUCUAUUGCACCUGGUAUUAUCAAGACACAUUUCAGCAAAGCGGUAAGAUGGUAAAAUGUUCUAAGAUUUUGCCUCUUAACUUGACAAAACAAUGAGUAAUUGGAUAGCAUGGAGAACAGCGAGAUUUCCAAAACAAUGAAAAGACAAUGGAACAUUUCGAUCACUGGGUCGUAACUGGAUGACGUUAUGCGUUAAGGCCCAUUAUCUCUAAAAGAUGGAAUAUUUCAUACAAUUACUGUAAAACAUUACUUUUUUCAUGGCUAUGGUAUAGAUUUGGGAAAACGAAUCUGUUCAACAGGAAUUACUUCGUGAUACUGCCUUAAAAAGGUAUGAAACUCUACUAUACUACUUUGACUAUAUAACUUGUCAAACGAACCAGUUUUUUAACAAAUCCAAUUCGAAAUUAUUGACAGUUUUUAUGGACAAUUUAUGGACGUAUAUUACCGUGGUAUCAAGCUUAAGACAACAACCAGUACCGUACAGUGCUGAUUUCCAAUGCCUUAUCUGUAAAAAAUGUAUUUCAACUGCCAAUCUGUGAUUUUUGUCUCUUUAGGAUCGGUACUCCAGAAGAAUGCGCUGGCCUAGUAUCUUUCCUAUCCUCUGACGAUGCUUCGUACAUCACUGGAGAAAAUAUUGUUGUUAGCGGUGGCACUCCGUCCAGACUUUAAUAACAUCAAAUUUAUUGUGAUAAACUAUCUUGAUUAAGAAAUGGAACAAUAUCAGACUGAAUGAUUGGUGCCAACGCAGGUCUCAGACUUAGUUGAAGCUUAAACAAAACCAAAUUUAUUGGAACUAUCUAGAUGUAAUGUUACAUUUUCAAAUGACUUCAAAUAUAUUUUCAUUCUUAUACAAAAGAAGUAAAAUAUACAGUGUUGUUGGUUAAGCCUCCUAGUGGAGUGACUAUGGUCAAGUAUACACAAAGCAUGUUCUGUUAGAUAAAGUACAGUUUUAAAUUUUUCCUUAUAAAAUGGACACCUUUGGGACCUUGCAGAAGUAUCUGCCCAUAACCCCUUGGCUUAAAUGAAGUGACAUGUUCAUUUAUAGGGGCUUGAUUGUAAUACAACAAUGUGGCACACCUCACUUGAAGCAUACCCUAAUAAAGUAUGCUAAUGGCGUUUCUAGGCUAGUUUCUACACAGUAAUGAACACUAUGCACACUGAAUUUCCAUGAAAAAUAGAAAUUUAAUGUUUUAUUAACAAUUAAAAUAAUCUAUGAACUGUUCAGCCAACCAUGAGCCUUUUUCGUCCUCGCAACCGAACUUCAUCCAACUUCGUCAAAACUUCUUUGGCUUUCUCUGAGCUUUCAGUUGCCACAACAUAACUCUGUAAAACCGUCUGAAAGAAUUGUUCCGUGUUUGGGUGGCUGCUAAGCAACGCCCGUUCAAGUACGUACAGGUCGACACCCUUGUCUUCAACGAGGGAUGAUAUAUAGCUCAGACCAAAGUCAAUAAGUACAAUGUCUUGUCCGUCACGUAGGAGCAUAUUUGAUGUGGUCAAAUCACCAUGGAUCACAUCAAUGGCGUGCAUCUUGCCCAACAUGGCGCCAAGUUUUUUGGCUAACAAGUCUAAGUCCGUAUCUGAAUCUUGCCCGAACUUUGAGUUAAUAACAUCUUUUAUUGGCUCAGCAUUCUGAACGUUUUCCAUGUAUAUUUUGUGAGUGGUAUAGUCCACAAAAUACACUACAGGGGUUGAAAUACCAGCCUUCCUACACCUUGCCAUUGAACGGACUUCUUGUGAUGUGCGGCGGUGUGUGAGUUUCUCAUCUAAAACAGGAUGCCUGUAUGUUUUCUUAAAUCUUUCUUUCACUAUAACUGGUUUAGAAAUGAGUGUAGAAGAAUAUAUUUUGGCUUCCGCUCCUUGUUGAAAAAGCACGUUUUCAGCGGCCAUCUUGUUUUUUUGUGC